AAGGGGUUUCAACAAUACAAUGUCUAUGCACUGUCUGUUGCAUUUAAUCCUGGUGGCCACAUGUGUGAUGUAUUCCGAGGUGAAAGCAGGAGGUUCAUGUCUGCGACUUGAAAACAAGAUAUUAGACAACCUAUUGGAUAUGAUUGUUGCCGUAAAGUCAGGAUCACCCAAUUCUGGAGGAAACAGUUAUAGACCCGCCUUUACAGCAACCCUAAAUACUCACCCCGUAACGGUGAGUGGAAAGUUCAUUCCGACGUUCGAUAACGUUAUUUUGAAUCGUGGAAAUGGUUACGAUUCUAAAACAGGAAAGUUCACUGCUCCAAAGUCCGGCCUCUAUCAGUUUUCCUUUACAAUAAUGUCAAACGGUGGAUCCGAUUUGAAUAUGGGUGUGGCAAAAAAUGGAAAAUUUUUAAUAUCUUUACAUGCGGCAAAAAUUCACGGUGCCACUGCAACUGCAAAUGCCGUCUUGGAACUAAAAGAAGGUGACACCGUGUAUCUGAUCCAUGGGGCCUCUGCAACACAAAGCAUGGCUGGUCAUCACUUUUCACACAUGCUGUAUUACAUAGGCGAAUGA